AGCUGCCUCAGUCGCGGACGCUUCUGUGAGCCCUGCAAACCUCCCUAGCCACACGGGAAGGGAGUCACUCAAGAUGGCGGAGGCACCAGGCUCUACAACACGAGGUCUGAUACUGCCACAACCUGUCUCAGCAGGCCCUAAGACCAAAGUAAUGGACACUCUGGGAGCCAUAAUCGACAAGUUUUGGGCCAUGCUGCUCAACCGUUCAAGGCAAGCAAUAGCCACACGGGAGCCCGGUCAGGAAGACAGUGUAAGAAAUAAGGAGCGGCCUGGGAGGCCUCUUAUGGGCCGACAGCUACCCCACACUAAUCCGACUACACUAAAGCGACGGAAGCCGCGGAAACAACACUACCGGCUGAGACAGCGAGCCGCGGACAGGUACCCUGCUCACCGCUGCCGUGAUGUACCGAACCCCAACGUACUGCCACCUGUCCUGGGCUACAUGGAGAAACCACCGCGGCCACCUCUGAGCCGCUCCCCAGGCCGUCCGGGGCAAGGCAUCUCCCCACCAACUGAGAGAGCCGCUGCCUGGCGAGGCACCACCAUGCUGGACAGUCCGGUAAACCCUGUGGGCAUAGGCUGAAAGGGAUCAACCAGAGUGACAUGUGGAGCUGGAGCCACCUCUAUACAAUUAACCUCUUCACGGGACAUUGUAACAGUCAGCAGAAUAAGGCUCCGAUAUCCACACUCAGCGUGUACAUUGUUCAUACUUUUGUUUAAUUUUAUCUGUACCAGAUCUGCCAUGUUAUAUGAUUUCUUAAGCACUUUCCUUUUCUUGCAUCGCUUCAACCUGCAUAAGUGCCCAUAACCUCUCUCAGCAGGAUUAACCUGCGAUUAGAAGCCUACCAUUGAAUACCCAACUCUGUGUCUGCUUAGGUUUGGGUAAUGUAAUCUACAUCAAAGUAAAUAAUGCAGUAACUCAGACAUGUGAUGUACUCUAUUAGCUAAUAUCAUGCAAUGUAUAAGAUUGUGUCUCAUAAGCCUAGCAGGAAUAGCAC